ACACCGCAACACAGGGAAACUCAUCUCAGGCGACUCAAUGUCCGAUCUUCUCCCUUAAGUUUUCGUCGGCUUCGGCAGAGAUCGAGAAUCCCAAACGUCGGCAUACAUACGGUACGUCCACUAUGCACUGUGUGAGCAGAGGAAGGGUCUGCCUGGUGAAGUCCUACUCGGAUCUUCAGGAGGAUGACCUGUGCAAGAAGGAGAGCUACAGCGCCUGCUGGCUAAACAUGGUGCUGGAGACAAGACCUGAGUACAGGAUGACGUUGUCAGAGACCGACAGCGCUCGCAGAGAGAGUUACAAGCAGCAGCAGGUGGUCCACCUAAUGGUUGAGAGGAGGCCCAGCCAGACCCUGAAGCUGGGCAUAGAGGGGGGAGUCAUGAGAGAGUACCAGCUGCCGUUCUCCAACAGGACCAAAGCGCCGCAGCGAGCCUCCGACACAGAAGAACCCGUCAUUGAAGGAAAGGCAAAUCUCACAGCAGAUGAAACCCCCUCCAUCACUGGGGACCUCUGCAAGCCGGCCAGAGAGAACUUCAGAGCCUCCAGGCUGAUGUCCUCUCCGAGAAACGUGUCUCAUCGAGAGCAGAGGAGAGAGUGAAGGAAGGGAAAUGAGAUUAGAACUGCAGCUGAAGAGUCUAAACGGUGCAACAUGCUGUUAUUAUUUAUAGAAAACUGCAGUUAUGAUAGUACUGACCAGGAUGUCAGUAGGUCUCAUCUCAUGGGUUCAUAUUUAUAUCUAUUCAAUAGUGGAUUAAUAUUGUUGAAAUAAAACUCUAGAUAUGAACACAA